ACGAGCAUGGCGGCGCCGUAGUCCGGGUCCGGGAGCGGCGGACGCGGGCGGGACGCUGCUCGCAACCGUGGGCUGCGAUGGCGACCCCCGACCAGAAGUCGCCCAACGUUCUGCUGCAGAACCUGUGCUGCCGGAUCCUGGGCAGGAGCGAAGCUGACGUGGCCCAGCAGUUCCAGUUUGCUGUACGAGUUAUUGGCAGCAACUUUGCCCCUACUGUUGAGAGAGAUGAAUUCCUAGUAGCUGAAAAAAUCAAGAAAGAACUUAUCCGGCAGAGGAGAGAGGCGGAUGCCGCGCUGUUCUCUGAGCUCCAUAGGAAGCUGCACUCCCAGGGAGUUUUGAAAAAUAAGUGGUCCAUACUGUACCUUCUGCUGAACCUCAGUGAGGACCCCCGCAGGCCCGCCAGCAAGGUGUCCAGCUAUGCGUCCCUGUUUGCACAGGCCUUACCUAGAGAUGCCCAUUCUACCCCGUACUACUACGCCCGGCCACAGACGCUCCCGCUCAACUACCAGGACCGGAGCACCCAGGCGGUGCCCAGCGCAGGCAGCCUGGGCAGCAGCGGCGUCAGCAGCAUCAGUGGGUGCACCCUCAGCGGCCCUGGGCCUGGCCCGCAGCCUCUGCUCCCGGGACAGCCCCACCAAGGUCCAGGCGUUGGGGACUGCUUCCGCCAGCAGCUGGGAUCCCGCCUUGCCUGGACUCUGACCGCCAGCCAGCCUUCUCAGACCCCCACUGCCAAGGGUGUCCCAGGCGCUGCGUCCCGCACUGUGACGCGGGCGAGGAGAGAUGGGGAUGCAAGUGGUACUAUGGAAGUUACUGAAGCAGCUCUCGUGAGAGACAUCUUGUACGUCUUCCAGGGCAUAGAUGGCAAAAAUAUCAAAAUGAGCAACGCUGACAAUUGUUAUAAAGUGGAAGGAAAGGCAAACCUGAGCAAGUCUUUGCGGGACACAGCAGUCAGACUUGCUGAGUUGGGAUGGUUGCAUAAUAAGAUCAGAAAGUACACUGACCAGAGGAGUCUGGACCGUUCCUUUGGACUCGUGGGGCAGAGCUUUUGUGCCGCCUUGCACCAGGAGCUGCAGGAGUACUACCGGCUGCUCUCCGUCCUGCACUCCCAGCUGCAACUAGAGGAUGAUCAGGGUGUCAACUUGGGACUUGAGAGUAGUCUGACCCUGCGGCGCCUCCUGGUGUGGACCUAUGACCCCAGAAUACGACUGAAGACGCUGGCGGCCCUUGUGGAUCACUGCCAAGGAAGAAAAGGAGGGGAGCUGGCCUCUGCUGUCCACGCCUACACAAAGACAGGAGACCCGUACAUGCGGUCUCUGGUGCAGCACAUCUUGAGCUUGGUAUCUCACCCAGUCCUGAGCUUCCUCUACCGCUGGAUCUAUGAUGGGGAGCUCGAGGACACAUACCACGAGUUUUUUGUAGCAUCAGACCCAACGGUUAAAACUGAUCGACUGUGGCAUGACAAGUACACUUUGAGGAAAUCCAUGAUUCCGUCUUUUAUGACAAUGGAUCAGUCUAGGAAGGUCCUUUUGAUAGGAAAAUCAAUAAAUUUCUUGCAUCAAGUUUGUCAUGAUCAGACGCCCACUACAAAGAUGAUAGCUGUGACCAAAUCUGCAGAGUCACCCCAAGAUGCUGCGGAUUUAUUCACAGAUUUAGAAAAUGCAUUUCAAGGGAAAAUUGAUGCUGCUUAUUUUGAGACCAGCAAAUACCUACUGGAUGUUCUCAGUAAGAAGUACAGCUUGCUGGACCACAUGCAGGCCAUGAGGCGGUACUUGCUUCUUGGUCAGGGAGACUUUAUCAGGCACUUAAUGGAUUUGCUGAAACCAGAACUUGUCCGUCCAGCAACGACCCUGUAUCAGCAUAACCUGACUGGAAUUCUUGAAACUGCCGUCAGAGCCACCAAUGCGCAGUUUGACAGCCCUGAGAUCCUGCGCAGGCUGGAUGUGCGACUGCUGGAGGUCUCUCCUGGAGACACGGGGUGGGACGUCUUCAGCCUGGAUUACCACGUGGAUGGCCCGAUUGCCACGGUGUUCACGCGAGAGUGCAUGAGCCACUACCUGCGGGUGUUUAACUUCCUGUGGCGGGCCAAGCGCAUGGAGUACAUCCUCACCGACAUCCGGAAGGGGCACAUGUGCAAUGCGAAGUUGCUGAGGAGCAUGCCAGAGUUCUCAGGGGUGCUGCACCAGUGCCACAUCCUGGCCUCGGAGAUGGUGCACUUCAUCCACCAGAUGCAGUACUACAUCACGUUUGAGGUGCUCGAGUGCUCGUGGGAUGAGCUCUGGAACCGGGUGCAGCAGGCACAGGACCUAGACCACAUCAUUGCGGCACACGAGGCCUUCCUGGACACGAUCACCUCGCGCUGCCUGCUGGACGGUGACUCCAGGGUACUUUUAAACCAGCUUCGAGCGGUGUUUGACCAAAUCAUUGAGCUUCAGAACACUCAGGAUGCAAUCUACCGCGCUGCCCUGGAGGAGCUGCAGAGGCGCCUGCAGUUUGAAGAGAAGAAGCAGCAGAAUGAGAUGGAGAGCCGGUGGGGUGUGACAGCAGCGGAGGAGGAGGAGGAGAGCAGGAGGAUUCAAGAAUUCCGAGAAUCCAUACCCAAAAUGUGUUCCCAGCUGCGGAUCCUGACGCACUUCUAUCAGGGCAUAGUGCAGCAGUUCCUGGUGUUACUGACGACCAGCUCCGAUGAGAGUCUCCGGUUCCUCAGCUUCAGGCUGGACUUCAACGAGCACUACAAGGCCAGGGAGCCCAGGCUCCGCGUGUCUCUGGGUUCCAGGGGGCGGCGCACGUCCCACACGUGAGGCUGCGUGACUUGUCCCUGGCCACCGGCUCCCUCAGUGUGCAGGGCUGGCUGCCACUGUGCCCAUCAUUGGCCUGGCAUUUGGUAGCGUAGUUCCCGUCAUGUCUACUGGAGCUGAGUGUGGCCAAGGUGAGCGGCUGCACCCACUAGGCAGGCCACAGGCCACCCUGCCAUGUUUAGGGCCGGACCCCACAGCGUGGGGCUCUGCUCUGGCGUGGUGCAGUCCCCGUUAGCUGGCAGCGUUGCUGGGCAGUGCAUUCAUCUGGAGCAGCAUCCUUGUCAGAGGCAGCUUUUGUUACUGUAAUAAAACUGAGCUGAAGCGAGGUGUCCCUGCUUCAAAACAUGGAACACAGCGUCCUGUUCUGGUUUUUGUGUCGUGAUCUGCUCACCUGAGAGCGCCGCUGUCUUCGUGCUCCACCUUCACGUGCUUGCUCUCGCUCGGUCUCCUUUCGAAGUUUACAUCUUUAUAUUUACUGUUUCAUGUAACUUCCAAAACAGUACAGAAAAAGCAGGAGCGGCUGGAACAGAGACGGAUUGCACAGCGGCGAAGCCGCAGCGCCAUCGCUGGAGUGGUGCAUAAUUUCGGGCAGCUCACUGAGCGGAGGAUUUUAUUCUCAGAUUCUUAGGAGCACUGGAAAGAAAUUGACUCGGAUAAUGAAGAUUUCCUUUCUUCUUGCCUAUUUUUUCAUUGUAAAUAUGUAUAUACUGUUGACCAGAUGGGGGGAACUUUUUUGUAAGAGGAAAAUGUCAUAUCAGGUCACAUAAAUCUGCCUUUUUUAUAUUACAUAGUGUACACUUAGAAAAUUAAAACAGCUAUCUUUCAGAUUCA